CGGCGAGAGAUCACGUUCAUAUCCCACCAUAAUACCUCGCACCGAAGAUAUAACAUACCAUCAACUAAUUUCUUUCGAACAUAAGUCUAGUAAAUAGACAAGACAUCAGAAGCAAAAAGCAAAGGCUUCAACUAUACAGAAUGUCAUUUUUUGAUAAAAUAACCAGCAAGCUUGACGGGUUGGAUCUCGGCUCCGAAAAACCAAGAGAAAGAGAAGGAUAUCCAGGCCAAUCUAGCUAUCCGCCUCCGUCUCAACAAUACGGCGGCGGCAGUCACGGUCAAUCACCGUAUCCACCGUACGGAGGUAGCCCUGCUCCGCCCGGACCCCAAGGCAGCUACCAGUCUCCUCCCCCUCAGAACUACUACAGCAGCCCGCCACCGCAAAGCUCGGGGCCAACUUACUCACCUCCGUCAGACAAACCUCCCAUUCCAUCUGGGUGGAUUCCUCAGUUCGACCAACACUACCAACGAUGGUACUACUAUGAACAAGCCACUGGCCGUUCGCAGUGGGAAGCACCGGGUUACCACGGUUCAGGAGGUCCUGGAGAUCGAGGAUGGGGAUCGCAUGGUGAAUCUAACUACCCAUCCCACGCCGCGCCCAGCCAUGGAUAUCCUCCCCACGAAUCCCACGGUUAUGGAUCUAACGACGGCCGUGGUCAGCAUGGUAACUAUGGGUAUGGACAAGGUGAUCAUGGAUACGGUCAUCACUCAAGCGAAAGUCACGGCGAAUACAGAGAGGAAGAGAAGAAGAAAAAGAAGGGCCAUGGUGGCCUCCUAAUGGGCGCCGCGGGCGGCCUUGCGGUUGGUGCUAUUGGUGGAGCUCUUCUUGCCAAUGCUCUCGAUGACUCGUCCGACGAGGAAAAACAUCACGCACCGGCUCCUGUCUACGCAGCCUCUCCUCCCGCCCCUGUCUACUCUGAGCCAGUCUAUGAGCCAGCAUAUAAUGCAGAGGGUGAGUAUGUCGAUGCUAGCGAUCGCGAGUCGGUGCGCUCCGCCCGUGAAGACUACGAGGAGGCGCUAGCUGCGGCACAAGACUCCGACGCUAGUAGUAGCGACCUGGAAGAGCUCCACGAGGCUCGGGAGGAAUACGAGGAGGAGUACGAAGAAGCGUACUAUGACGACUAGUGAGAUUUUCCGAGUUGAAAUACAGGUCGAUCCGAAAUUCUCAAGCGAGCAAGACAACUAUAUCACGUUAGAUCUAAACCCGACUCUUACGCAUAUUGGCACGAUAAAUACGAUCUCAUUACGGAUAUCUUUCUAUAACGAUUCACGAAUCAUAUAGCGUUUAGGGAAAUUUACUCAUAUAUCCAAGCGACAUACCCCUCUAGACUAUAUGUAAACUUUCAUAUCAGGUGUAUUAAUGUGCGUAGGGGUAUUUUACUUAUUGCCCGACUUUUUUUAUGGUUUUUUAACCAAACGCAGGCGGAACUAAUUCAAAAUGUAGCGCACACUUAUAUCAAGGGCUUC